CUUUUUGAUGACCUCUAGUCAGAUUACCACCGGACGCUGGCGCAUCAAAGCGCGACGUUAUUGCUUCUUGGCUAAAUAUUAACAUCUCCUCACACAUGUUAUAGUUUACUUCUUUUAAAAGUUUGCCUGAAGUAGACUACUGCCAACGAUGAAGUUUAAAAUUUAAUUUAAAUUUUCAGACCAUUAGAAGAAAAGCUUUCAGACCAGACCAAGGCUAGUCGCUUCGCAGUAUUUAUUCGAAGCGGGAAGAAAAUUAAAAGCAACAUUUUUAAGAUAGUAUUCCAGGGAACCACUUUAAUAUGGUUGACGCUGGCAUGGGCGUCUCUGGCGUGGGUUACGUCCCUCGAUCUCUCAAUUUCCUCUUUCGGCUCACGGGUCUAUCCGGAACAUAAUAUUCAUGAUGGAGAAAUGUUCGAAUACAUAGUUGUGGGCGGGGGUGCUGCGGGUGGCGUGGCGGCGGCUCGACUAGCGCAAGCAGCACGCGGUGUUCUGCUUUUGGAGGCGGGUGGAACGCCAGGCCUGUUGACGCGGCUACCAGGUUUAGGCGGGGGUCUCAUCGGCUCGGCUGCGGACUAUUACUAUCCAACGCAGCCUAAUGGUCGCUCUUGCCUAUCAUCUAUCCGCCGUUUCUGCCGAUUUAGUCGUGGCCGUGUGCUCGGUGGCUCUACUGCCAUCAAUCUAAUGAUGUAUACGCGUGGUCACCCCGAGGACUACGACUUCGGCCUGCACGGCUGGACCUGGCCAGAAAUUCGUCCAUUCUUCUUGCGUUCUGAGGGAUUACAAAAUCCAAAUCAGUUACCGAUGUCGUCAGCGUCUCAUCACAAUACGAAAGGUGUAGUCCCUGUCGGGUUUUUCGGAGACUCGGAAAACCCGUGGCAAGUUCGCGUCUUCAAAGGUUUUAACUUUCUAAACUUUACAACUAACCCGGAUGUAAAUGCCGAGUCCCAAAUCGGAGUGUCCCGAGUCCUAUCAUUCACGUCGGGCGGCGAGCGCGUUAACACUGCAGAGGCAUACCUGCGGCUGCCCGGUGUCGCGCCUCACCUGCGCCUCGCUACACAUUCUACCUGCCUUCGUGUGCUCAUUAACGAUGUUGGAGAGGCUUUUGGGGUCGAAGUCGCUCGGAACGACCGAACUUACCGGAUUUUUUCCCAACGGGAAGUUAUUCUCGCGGGAGGGGCCAUUGGCUCGGCAGAAAUUCUACUCAGGUCCGGCAUCGGGCCAGCGGACCACCUGCGGCGUCUUAAUAUCCCGGUGCGGGCAGACCUACCGGUCGGGGAGGGUCUCAUUGACCACGUCGCGCCACUAGUAUUCAUAUCGGUGAACGAAGAGGCUAAAUCAUCGCUCCGGAUGAUCCUUUCUAAACUAAAGGAAGGCAUCCGUUGGAUGGCGAUGCGAGAUGGACCUCUCGCCACAUCCCGCUUAUCGGAUCUAACGGCUUUCCUUAAUACAGAAUGUUACGACUUCAAAACAAAACAAUUGAGAAUCGAUGGUAAUCAAUGCGAUCGACCCACGGUGCAAUACAUACAUUCGUACCUUGAGAGGGGCUUUCUAGGCGCGGGAAGAUCUCUAUACGAGCGCGUAACGCGUCACGAGGCGGCUUUCGUGAACCAGGUCGAAGCUGUCAACGAGCGACAAGCUCUACUGCUCGUAACGGCAGUGGUACUGCAGCCUAAGUCACGCGGCCACGUGCGCCUCGCGAGCGCGGACAUAUUUCAAGCCCCACUAAUUUCGCCCAACUAUUUGGAUGACGAACGGGACGUUGAAGAAGCUGUGCGUGCUAUAAGAAUUCUGGACGAUUUGACACAGACACCAGAAUACAGGAACUAUAACGCGUCAAUACUAAGGCCUAAGCUACCAGGGUGCAAAAUGCUGGAGAGCACAGAUUAUUGGCGGUGCUACGUCCGCCACAUGACGCUUGCGGUGCACCACGCGACAGGCACGGUGGCUCUGGGGCGUGUAACGGAUGAGAGAGGGCGCGUGCGGGGAGUGCGGGGGCUCCGCGUUGUAGACGCGGGGCUCUUUCCACGCCCGCCUUCCGCGAACACCGCAGCCGCCGUCAUUGCACUAGCUGAGCGCAUCACGCAAUUCGUUCAACAAGAUAAUACAUCCGUGUCGCAUUAAGUAUAUUGACAGAAAAUAAAAUUAUUAAAAAGUUUCUAUUUUUUUUUAAGAUUAUAGAUCAUAAGCUAAAAAAUAGCAGUUGAAAUGCCAGUUGAUUUAGUAUUACUUCCUUUAUAUCUAUUCCUAGAUGUUCACUGUAUUCCCCACUUUGAUUGAUAUUAAAUAUGACUGUUAUGGGAUUUACCAGUGCCUAUCAUUACUGCAGGCGUGGUGUUUGAUAUUUUUUUAACUGCUGAACACGCAUUGAAACACGUAUUGAAAGAAAAGAAAAUUACGAAAACAGUACGAUUAGGCAGAAAUAUUAUGACACUGCCUAUAUUCUUGAAGCCUUGUUGUAAGUACAAUAAAAUAGAAACGAUUUUAAAACAAAUGGUGACUCACCAGUGUUGGUGCAUAGCACCUGAACUUAUUAAAUAGCAACUACGCAGCAGAUGUCAUAUCCACUACAAACGGAACAAGGCGUAUUUUAACUUUCAAUAUUACUUGGUCAUUCUGAUUAUAUGUACCUCUGAUCAAGAAAACAUCAUCUUUAAUUUAUAAUCCUUUCAUUUCUUAGAAAAUAAAUUAGUUUUAACUUUCACAUUAUCCUUCAUUAACAACCAGUAUACCUAAUACUCAAAACAGAACUAAUUUAAGCGUACGACCAGGCUCCAGAAGAUAAACCACUCCUUUGUACGGGAAUUGUAUUCGAUUUUACAACAAACUCCCAAACGAAAUUAGAAAGUUAUCAUUGAAAAAAUUAAAAAAUAUUGUUAAACAUAAAUAAUCAAUAAAGCUUUUUAUAAAUUUUA